GGAAGUUGCUCGCUCAUCACACUAUUUCAAAGAUGGCUCUGGCUAGUGUGUUGAGCAGUGAUUGUGCGAAUUUUUCUUUUGAUAAUUGUCAACCUCACGUCUUCGGUUGCGGACCCGAACAGAGCGGCCUGGGGUUUGACGCUACGCCGGGAGACGGUCUCAAUUUCUCCGUUAGAAACCCUGUGAGUGGCGGGGACGAGGAUGGCGUCGAGAGGAAAAUAGAGUUCCUGCAUGGAACCACCACCUUAGCAUUUAAAUUCCAGCAUGGCGUCAUCGUAGCAGUGGACUCUCGGGCCACAGCGGGCUCCUACAUCGCCUCGCAGACUGUGAAGAAGGUGAUCGAGAUCAACCCCUACCUGCUGGGUACCAUGGCCGGUGGAGCGGCCGACUGCAGCUUCUGGGAGCGCCUGCUGGCCCGCCAGUGCCGCAUCUACGAGCUCCGCAACAAGGAGCGCAUCUCGGUGGCGGCGGCCUCCAAGCUGCUCGCCAACAUGGUGUACCAGUACAAGGGCAUGGGACUCAGCAUGGGAACCAUGGUGUGUGGCUGGGACAAGAGAGGCCCAGGGCUGUACUACGUCGACUCUGAGGGCAACCGGGUGUGCGGCGACCUGUUCGCUGUGGGCUCCGGCUCCAUGUACGCCUACGGCGUGAUCGACAGCGGCCUGCGGCAGGACCUGACGGUGGAGGAGGCCUGCGAGCUCGGCCGCCGCGCCAUCUAUCAGGCCACGUUCCGCGAUGCCUACAGCGGAGGGCAGGUCAACCUGUACCACGUCCACAGCGAGGGAUGGACCAGAGUCUCCCAGGAAGAUGUGCUCAUGCUGCACCAGCAGUACAAGGGUCAGGUGUAGUCGCGUGAAUCAAGAGCACAGCGGGGACCAGGAAGUGGGAGCAGAAUGGGGAGGGUCAGGAGUUUAUACUAAUGUUUAGCAUGUUCUGAAAUGUCAGUAGGGUUUGACACAUGAAUAAAAAAACAAAAAGACUCAUCUGCCCGUUUUCCACUUGCAUUACUUGUCACUAGCUUAAAGCUUCAUAUUCUACAUUUUUAACAAUUCCAGCGAGCGCCGCUCGCCCUGCACAGUAUGCUUUAAAGGGCCCGACACGCUUUGAUACAGAGUGGGAGUAAUGUGGUGCUCGCUCACAUACAUUUUAAUUUGAAUCCUACUCUAAACUCAUCUUCAACAAUAAAACCUGUGAUGUUCGUUAUUUUUAAUUUUAUUUUUAUUUUUUAUUUUUUCUCAAAGAGCAGUGUUUUUGUUAUUCCACCUUUUUUUUUUUUUUCAGGUUUCAAGAUGGUGAAUAGUAAUCCUCAGAAUGUACCCUUUUAUGUAAAUGCACAGUCUUAUCGCCUCGUUUUCCUUUGAAGUAGUCCUAUAUGCCACCGUUUGUGUUUACAUUUUAGUCAUCUGUUCCCCCAGCUGUUGGCAUUGGGAGGUACCCCCGAAGCCUGUUUUAUUUAUUUAUUUUUGUCUCCUCUAUAUGUUCUGCGUUUAUUAGCGCGGAGUAGCGCCGUCUAAAUAGCACUAUUUAAUUGCAUACUGCCAGCCUCAGUAAUUGUGCCUCCUGAGUUGUAACGGUGUGUUUUCUUCCCCUCAUUGAUAAUGCUCCCUUCCUCCGCUCACGUUGCAGGAGCACGUCCUUUUAAUUGGAAGUGUGGGGAGUUUAUUCUUUAAUUCCUCCCCGAGACACUCUCGAUGCACAGUGCCGUGUGCGCCCCGCCACAGUGUUUUACAAUGUAACGACCUGCGCUGGCAGUGCGUGCCCCUCCAGCGCUUUUUAUGGUCGGGAAUAAACACUAAUGAAGGGGACGGGGUAGACAUCUGAAAAGCCAGUGCACUUUCAAAUCAUGGUUAAAAACUAGUUUCACAGGUGACCAGUCUGCAGACGGAGGAGAAAUGGGAUUUCGAUAAAUGGAAAUGAGCGGGUCUCGUCUGCGAUGCUGCUCUUAGUGAAUGAAGUGAUGGAAAUAGCUCCGUCAAUAGCAGAGACUGGCAGAGCGACCACGCAUGCGCACAUGGAGAUAUGCUUUUUCACAUUUUGUAGAAGACUUAACCUCUAAACUGUUCUUAGGGGUUGAAGGAAGGAUUUAUUAAUUUUUUUUCACAAACUGAGUGGAUAUGACUUUAAAUUAUAUCCUCAGAAAAGUGGAUGAAGGCUAGUUCCUGCAGCACUGUUAAAUAUUCAACAUAUUGUCAUUUAAGUUUAGGAACUCUUACCUUGAUAAAGAAUAGCCAGUGUUAAGAGGCUGCAGUUUUACUCUAUAAUUGCAGAGAGAUGCUAUUUGAGCAAAAGCAUAGAGGAACGUGUGUUACUAUUUUUAUUCCAGUGUACUAUUUGCGCCACUUGUUCAACCAGCACAUUACUCAUGAGCAUCCCAACUAAACGGCUACUGUACAAGAUGGAUGAUCCCUCACAUCUACUAAAUCGCCUCGGUUUGUCUGGAGACUUGGCUUCGCACAGUAAUCAACUUCAUACAACACGUUACAGAAAUGCAGACACAAAGUGAUCACUUUAAAAGAAAGGCAUAUUGCCGCCUUGACCUUUUUUUGGGGCAAGUUGUUGCUCCGACUGCUGACAGCUUGCCUCCUUUGUGUUGGGGUCUAGCUCCCGGGACAACGAGAAGAGAGAGGCAUCGGAGGAUGCGAGGGGGGAACAUGGGGAGCUAAUUUCUUAUUUGUGUUUCUUACACUGGGUCAAAGGUGCCGGUACUCUUCAAAUGAAAUACUUAUCAGAUUGCCGAACGGCGCCAGAAACCCACUUCAAACACGUUUCUGUAAUCGGAGAGGCAACAAUUUUUGUAACAUGCCCAUGUGUGUGAAGAGGAGAAAGCUUUUGAACUUCUCAUGGUCUCUUUUUUAUUUAUUUUUUUACCUCCACAGUCAUUUUUUAGCCAUGCUAGCCAUGGACGGCAGUGUCGAUCUGAAAUAUCUUAACUAUGGGAUGGGUUGCCGUUGUUUCUGCACAGAUGUUCAUGGUCCCCAGAGGAAGAAUCCUACAGACUUUGUUGAUCCCCUGACUUUUUUUUUCAUCUAGUGGAUCUAUAUAUAGUAUAGUAUUAUAUACAUUAUAUAUGCGUGUAAACACUUGAGUUCAGGGUGCGAGUUAGGUCGUUGGAAGCCUUCUGAACUCUUAGCGUUACUGUUUAUUGAUUUACAUUUACAAACCGGUCUUCACUGGUGUGGAUGUUCCCGCCUGCCCUGUCUGCCUGUCUGGUCAUGUGUGUGUAGGAAGCACCCCCCGUGGUUUCUCACCGUGUUUGGACUCACCCAUCAUGUCUGCGAGUGUGACCGUGGCGUCGGACCCGCAGACAGCAGUCCAGUGUGUCGGGGGUUCGUCCAAGUCUGGCACGGAGAUUGCGGGUUGUCAACAGGUAUAGCUGCUGGUAAGUACCGCCUUUCAGAAUACUUUUCACGAAAAACUUUACACUUACACAGGGCAGGAUGGUUACACCCUGAGGAGGCAUGACAAAAAUUAAGAAAAAUAGCUUUGUAUUUGCGUUUGUUUUUUCCCGCCUAAAUUAGACGGAAGGCUAUGAAGAAAGACCAGCUGGCGAUAUUGAUAGGUGCCAGCGCGAUGAAUUUGACACUGUCAGAAAAUACCCCCUGUGCCCACAUAAUGCCAUCUGUCAGGUGGUCAAAUGUGUUUUUCAGUCCUAGACACCAGAUCAUAUCUGAACACAGUCCUAAGGGUGCCCAGACAACGCUUCAGGGAUUCACACACACACACCUCGCAUAUGAGCCGCUACUUCCCAAGCUUUGAUGCAAAGGACUUUGUAAUUGGAAAAAAAAAAAUCACCCACAGCAAGGCUUUUGCUGAUUGAGUAUCUAUCAGCCGUUGUUUAUUUCUGUUGAUUCUUUACCCCGACAGAAAAACCCCAAAUGAGAAGUCUAUUUGGUUUGGGUAAUGACUCCCUUCUGGCUGCCUGUUGUCCACCCCCAACGGCUCUCCGGGUGUCACAUAAUCAGUACACCCAAGUCCUUAAACGCGCGCCGGUUCUGACAAACAACAAAGCCGGCGCGAAGAUAAUUGCGUUUGUGGUCCACGCGCAGCCCCUUCCUCGCCGCUGCCUCGUCAGAGAGGAGCUGUUUUUCAUCCCUGGCGAUGACAGCAACACUCUUGUCAUUCCCGCCGCGUGCUCGCCACCGCCGCCUCUGCUCUAAUCAUGACUGUUCCUUUAUUUAUUUGUUCUCCCCCCCCCCCCCCCCUUUUAUCCAGCAAUGUUUAUGGGCAAUUGCCUUUUCUUUUUUUUUGACUUGAUCAAUUCAGUGACACGAAUGAACACAGCCCGGCAAAGUAAGCAGCGCGGCCCUCGAGUUUUUGUCCAAUCUGAGUCGGUGCUCGUCCGCUUCCCAGCAGGCACCUUGGAGCUUCUGCCAACCGCUAUUGCUUGCUCUUGAUGAUGAUGAUCAUGAGGGCUGAGGAUGAUGAUAGCCCCUAUACCAUUAACGCAGACUGUGCCUCGAGAGGCCCGAAGCGGCCAACUGUUUAUCCCUAGUCAUGACACCUGACUGUAUAAAUGGGGCCUGUCUGUUUGUUUUAUCGUCAACAGGCGCCAGGCCUGGCCUCCUAGGCAAACACGGACAGGGUCAGGGAGACCAGAGCUAAAGACGUGGCAGCAAGAGCGAUGGUGGCUGCCACGGUCACUCCACUUACUCCCAUGUGGCUCCUGGCUUUUUUUCUAUUUUGUUUUCCUUCUAUAUUGCACUGUGUCCUUCAACACGUGGCGACUGAGUCCCUCGGGGUGGAGAGAAGUGAAUUGCGGAUUCCGUUGUUUUCGCGGUAUCAAUCGGCUUUUUUCCCCCCUUCCGACUUCCGACUUGCUAUUUUAUUGGCAGUUCAGUUCUGGUUAUGUGAGCUCUUACAUUUGUUUAGGUGACACACCAUUUACGGGCUGGUGUUUUUCUUUUGACUGACCUUGCACAGUAUAUAUACUCGGCUUCUGUUUUCUUAUUUCACAUCGUGUUUUAUUGAGAUUUUUUGCUUGGCCUCUAUAACCUUCUACAAUGUUAUUUGUGGAAAAUUCAAAUCGUGGGUUGUGGAGGUUGUCAUAUUCAUAAAUCGUUGACAAGUAGGAGAGUGCGUCUACUUGAUGAAAUGCAGCUUUGGAUUCCACGUUAUUUUCCCUCCUGGAUGCCUCUGCUUUACAAUUCUGACAGAAGAGUACAACACUGCAUUGGUUUGAAGUGUCACUCAGAGCUGCAGGCUUUUUGACAGAGUAGCCGAACCCCAGCGGAAGACCCAUCUCAAGAGGGACAACUCUUUAGCCUGGCUUAAAGCCCCCCCAUCCCCCCCUUUUCUCCUUUUUUUUUCUCUCUUUCUCUCACCUCUCCAUCCAUCCAUCCCUUUCUUUUUCUGCUUUACAUUUUGACUUAAUCCCCCCUUUAGUGCCCUCGGCCCAUUGCCCACUUCCCCUCCGGCCUGAUCCCACUCCGAUCAAUGCCACAUCCCCCCCCGACGAUACCAACGGGGAGAUGAGAGGCAUUAAUUACCCACCCCAGAGCUCGUUAUCCAGGCUCAGCCCUCUCAGCUUCCUGGCUCUUUACCCACUCUGCAAUUGUAAUUCAGCUGCGGGCCCAAGACGUGAGGGUAAUAACAGAGGGGGCCCGUCCAAACCGGACGAUCGCCCGCUGAUGGAUCAUCCGCCAGGGCCGGACGUGACGGAACUGAAGCGGGGGGGCCUGGGAGUUGCUUUCGAAAGUGAUUGACACGCAGCGCUGACAAUGGGAUCGUGUGUGAGAGAAAUAAUUUAUGACUUUCUCUUCCGGAGCCGAGACAAAUGCCAGAAAUGAGUAAUGACCCCUUUCGGAAGUUCAGCUUCUCUGAUCGCAAACAAUAGCCCAGGUUGUCACCGCGGUGGGAAUGACUGAGUUGAUGGUGUUUGCGAGAAGGAGAAGCUAAUGGACUAAAUCAUGGAAAUGGCAGUUUAAUUAGACAUCAGGACUCUGCUAUGAAUCGGCAUUGUAAAAUCAAGAGACGUCGUCGCCGGUCGAUGUGGUUACUUGUUGCGGCACAAAGACAUUGGAGGUGAAUUGUUCUUUUCUUUUUCGACAACUGCAUCUCUCUCGGUGUGCCCUAGUAUCUAGUCAUCCUUUUCUUCUCCCAUGCCCUAUUGUGUUGCAUGUCUUUUUCUUGACAGCUUGAGUGCCAAAGCCUUGAGUGCCCAGCGGUUGCCCUCCUUUGUGUAAUUCAGCCUCUGAUGUCUUUCAUGUAAGCACUGCGGUGUAAAAAAAUUUUUUAAUGUUUAUU